GCUAGAAUACCAGUGUUUCGUAUCUUUGAAUGAACGUUGAUUUAUGAUUUAACCUAAAUUAUAAUUAACACGAAACAGCAAAAAAAAGUUUAAAGAACUAUUAAAAGUAUUAAUAUAACAAACAAAAUGUACAUAUGUAAUAUUUUUGAAAAGAUAUAUUAUUCUUUUUUUAACCGAUUGUAAUGAUUUCAUGGUAUAGAACUAUGUCUUCGCUCUCUUUGAAUAAAUUAAAAAAGAAAACACCAAUAGAAAAGAUUAAUAAACAAAGAAAAAACAUUAAUCGAUUUGAUGGAUUAACAGAAGAAGAAGUACAACAGUAUACCUUGCCAGAUUAUCUAAAAAUGAAUCUGGAUUUAGUUUUUGUUGGCAUAAAUCCGAGUUUAAUGGCAGCCCAUCGUGGUAGAUAUUAUGCAGGUCCAGGUAAUCAUUUUUAUAAACUUUUACAUGAAUCAGGAUUAACACCUCGAUGUUUAAUUUAUGAAGAAGAUUAUAAACUUCUUCAAUAUGGAAUUGGUCUAACAAAUAUAGUGACCAGAGCUACAAAAUCUUCCGCUGAUUUAAAACGUACAGAAAUCAAAGAGGGUUCUAAAAUCAUAGAAGAGAAAUUAAAACUUUACAAACCAAAGAUUGCUGUUUUUAAUGGCAAAUGUAUUUAUGAAGUAUUUGCUAAUAAAAUGGGUUUUAAUUUUAAUUUUGGAUUACAACUAGAACGUAUUAAUGAAACUGCAAUUUGGGUCACUCCAUCUAGUAGUGCUCGUUGUGCAAACUUUCCAAGAAUGACAGAUAAAUUACAUUUUUUUACUGCAUUAAAAAAAUAUUUACAGUUCUUAAAAGGAGAAAUCAAAGACAUUAAUAUAGAAGAAUUUUUGUUUGAAGGAAAAUGCAAACAGUUUAUUCCAAAAACAUCAAAAAUGUGGAGACGAAAAAAUAUUUCUGCAUUUUUACAUGGAGGAAGAAUUGCUAAUAAAGAUACUAUAUGUUUAGAUACGUCUGAUGAAAAUAUUGCAAUAGCUUAUAGUACAGAAUUUGUUGUAAAGAAAUUUCAAUCUAAUGAAAAUAAUAAAACUAAUGAAAUAUCUGAGACAAAUGAAUCUGAUUCAUCACAAAAUUUUGAAGAAUGUAUUUCGCAAAAUAUUGUAAAAACGUUUUUUGAAAAUGACAAAUUUUCACAAAAAAAACAUUUACUAUCAUUAAAUAAUGAAGAGACAAAAACAAAUCAAAUUUCAAUCAAUAAUUUAAAAAAUAUAAAACAAAGAGUAAAAUCAAAAACUAAAAUGAAAAAAAAUUAUUCUCAACCAAUUAAAAAAAAAGAUUCUAAAACUAAUAUUGAUACAGAGUUCAUAAAUUUGAUAAAACAAAGAUUGGAAAAAAAAAAUAAUUAUCUCGAUGAAUAA